AUGAGUGGAACAACAGCCAAGGUUGAGCGCACGCUCGCCAGAGUCCUAGGCAUCAAGCUUGCAGAAGAAGACGAUGACCCAGUUACCAGAGGCGAAUCGGUCUUCUCUAUGCAAACCAGCGACAGCUUCAUCGAAGGACCGCCGACUACAUCAGAAUGGCUAAACGAUCAGCUGCCUACACGAGCCGAAACUGUGGGAUAUAUCAGAUCACUCUUUCCAUUCAUAUCUUGGCUGCCUCACUACAACUUGCAAUGGCUCGCUGGUGAUCUUGUUGCGGGUAUCACCAUCGGAGCCGUACUGGUCCCUCAGGGUAUGGCUUAUGCCUUGUUGGCAAACUUGCCUCCUCAGUUUGGACUAUACUCGUCGUUCAUGGGCCCCAUCACAUAUUGGAUCUUUGGUACAUCCAAAGACAUAUCCAUCGGCCCAGUGGCUGUUUUAUCCACGGUGGUAGGAACCGUGGUGGCCGAUGUGAAUGCCUCUGGAACUGCCUGGCCCGCCAAUGUGGUGGCCACAGCAUUUUCCGUCAUCGCUGGAUGCAUUGUUCUCGCUCUUGGUGUCUUUCGCCUGGGCUGGAUAGUUGAUCUCAUCUCCAUCACGUCAUUGUCUGCAUUCAUGACAGGAUCUGCCAUUACCAUUGGUGCCAGCCAGCUGCCUUCUCUGUUUGGCCUCACAGGCUUCUCCAGCAGAGAUGCAGCGUACAGAGUCAUCAUCAAUACGCUAAAGCAUCUCCCUGAAACCAAAUUAGACGCUGCAAUUGGCCUCACAGCUCUGUUUUUCCUCUACCUCAUCCGCUAUACCUUAACCCGAGCGGCUGAGAGGUGGCCGGCAAAUAAGCGCAUCAUCUUUUUCAUGAAUACGAUGCGAACUGUUUUUGUCAUUCUCCUCUAUACCAUGAUAAGCUGGUUGAUCAACAGACACCGAAAGGAUCAUCCAGCAGUCCGUGUUCUUGGAGUUGUCCCUAAGGGCUUCAAGAACGCUGGCGUCCCAGAGAUCGAGGCGAAUCUUGUAUCAAAAUUUGCUUCUCACCUUCCAGCGGGCGUCAUUGUGAUGCUGGUUGAGCAUAUUGCCAUUUCCAAGUCCUUUGGUAGGGUGAAUAACUAUACUAUCGACCCGUCUCAAGAAAUGGUUGCUAUUGGCAUGACCAAUAUACUUGGUUCAUUUCUUGGGGCUUAUCCUUCGACGGGAUCCUUCAGUCGAACGGCCAUCAAGUCGAAAGCUGGUGUGAGAACUCCUGCUGCAGGGCUCAUUACUGGACUGGUGGUCCUUCUAGCUACGUAUCUCCUGACGGCCGUCUUUUUCUACAUCCCCAAUGCAGUCUUGGCUGCAGUCAUCAUUCACGCAGUUGGCGAUCUGAUAACUCCCCCAAACACCCUCUAUCAGUUUUGGAGGGUCUCUCCUAUUGAGGUCUUCAUUUUCCUCAUCGGAGUCUUUAUUAGUGUUUUUGCUCAAAUUGAGGACGGCCUGUAUGCAACCGUAUGCAUCUCUGCCGCUGUCCUCAUUUAUCGCAUCUUGAAGGCACGUGGACGAUUCCUUGGCAAGGUCAAGGUCCAUUCCGUUAUUGGAGAUCAUGUCAUUGGAGACCAUCACAAACAGCUUGUUGGGGAGUAUGGCACAUUUGAAGAGAGAGCCGAGAAUGCAGCAAGGAAUAUUUUCCUACCUCUUGAUCACGGUGAUGGCUCUAACCCAGAGGUGGAAUUGGAGAACCCAUACCCAGGAGUCUUCAUCUACCGUUUCUCCGAGGGCUUCAACUAUCCAAGCGCCAACCAUGCUUUGGAGUAUCUGACCAGCUUCAUAUACGCGCGAACUCGCCGAACUAGUCCAGAGAUUUUCGAACGCAAGGGCGACAGGCCUUGGAAUAACGCAGGUCAACGGAAAUCUGGAAAAUCAAGAGCGGACCCUGACCUCACCCAGAAGCCUACCCUAAAGGCCAUCAUUUUGGAUUUCAGUUCCGUCAACAAUGUCGACAUCACUUCUGUCCAGCGCUUGAUUGAUGUUCGAAACGUACUUGAUACGUAUGCAGCCCCUGAUGUUGUGGAUUGGCACAUUGCAUGCAUCAACAACCGAUGGACCAAACGAGCACUUGUUGCCGGCGGAUUUGGCACUCCUACAAAGCCUCGAGACGGCGUUCCGCAUCGAUGGAAGUCGAUUUUCAGUGUCGCAGAGAUUGGUGGAAAAGACUCUGCUGCGGCAGUGGCCGAAGAGAAUGCUAUCAAUCGGGAAUUAUCCAUGAUCUCUCAUAGAGUAGGGGACGAAGAGAUGGCAAAGGCCAAAGCCAUAGUCGAAGAGGAGGAACAGGUAGAGGAGCGGGAGCAGGAGCAGGCAUCAACACCUAGUGACAUUGUUGAGAAGCUAGGAGGAUCUCCCAAGCCUGCAUUCAAACGAAAGGGAGCCAUCAUUAGCGGUUUCGACAAACCUCUAUUCCACGUGGACCUGACAAGUGCUGUGUUGAGCGCUAUUGCCAACGUGGAGGCCAGAUUAGAGUCGACGAACAGUACAUGA